UAGUUAGAUGAUAAUCGUUUCCUGUGUUAUAUAAACGAGAAAAUCAUUAUGAUAUUGUGAUUACUUAUUUACUAGAUGUCUGAUAUAUUCAUGUGUUUUGAAUGCUAAAUCUUAUUAAAGAUCUUAAUUAAAGAAAAAAACGAAAUGUCAUCUUUGGAGCACGUGUCACGAGUAAGGCUAUUGUAUAAAGCCAUUUUAAGAUUGCAUCGUAGUCUACCUUUGGAGAUGAGGGCUUUAGGAGACCAAUAUGUAAAAGAUGAAUUCCGCCGCCACAAACAAGUCAACCCAGCAGAAGCACACAUGUUUAUGCAAGAAUGGACUAAGUAUUAUUUAACACUAGGAAAACAAGUUACAAAACCAAACAAAGAACAGCAUGUAGGAUCACAUUUAAGUGGGGAAUUUGUGGACUAUUUUAAUGAUGACCAGGCUGAACAAUUGCUUGAAUUACAUAAAGCUAUUAAGAAUCCCACUGAAGGGAAUGGAGGUUCACAAAGCUAGCACAGAAACAGUGUGUGGAAGAAUGUGUCUAUUGACUGAAUUGAAAAAAAAACCAACUUUGCAUGUGUGAAAUAUGUCUUGUGUCAUGUAUCAAAACAUGAAUUGGCAGUGAUUGAAAACAACAGACAUAUCCACAGUGUUUAACAGAAUACACUACAUUCAAGUUCUUACAAGGCUCUGGUCAUUUCUCUACACAGGCCAAAGUGUGACAAACGUUGUUAUGAAUGGAUACAAGAAUUAAGGAAGAUGAUGAAGAGUUUUUGAAACAGUUUUGAAUAAAUGAAAAAAUUCAUUA